AUGGAGGGUCAACUUGGUGAUAGUUUGUGUUCCAAUGGAAGUAGUCCUUCAUCUAUUGAUCAAAGUGAAUUAAACAAUAAUAAUACUGUUAACAACAAUGUAAAUCCUAACUCUAACUCUAAUGAUGAUAAUACUAAUACUGAUAAUGAUAACAAGAAAUCAUUACGAUUAUCAUUUAGUAUAAGUCGUCUCCUAUCUAAAUCAUCAUCAACAUCAUCUUCUCAUUGUGGUGAAACCUUUGGUAAAGGUUUUGACAAAUCAAUUAAUAAUACUGUUAAUAAUCAUGAUAACAAAGAUAAUCUAAUGGCAACCAAUUUUUACCACAAUUACAUCACCUAUGCUUUAAACGAUUCAAUGUUGAGAUUUUGUGAUGCUCAUCCUCAUCAUUCCCAUCACCAUCAUCCAAGUCUUUUCCAUCCUCAUAUUCAUCCAUUGACAAAUGUAAAUACUUCAAAACAAAUUACAAAUCAUCAGAGGUCUUAUUCAACAGCAACACCAUCAUCUGUAAGGCUAAGUGCAAGAUCCCCGAGCUUUUUCAGCUCAAUGACUUUAACAAAUGGACAGAAAAGGAAACGGCGACAUCGGACAAUAUUCACGGAAGAACAGCUAGAGCAAUUGGAACAUGCAUUUGAACGAACUCACUAUCCUGAUGUAAUCCUGCGAGAAGAGUUGGCAACCCAGGUUGACCUGAAAGAAGAAAGAGUUGAGGUUUGGUUUAAAAACAGGAGAGCAAAGUGGCGUAAACAACAAAAAGAGGAACAAGAUAAACGUCGAAUGUUGAAGCAGAAUUUGUUUUGAGGCCAAAUUUAAACAACAAAACUGGCAAAAGCGCAUUUUGGACAAACUCUAAGACUUUAAAACAGUACUACAAAGAGCUGAACAAAAGAUGGCUAAAACGCGAACUGUAUCUUAAUUUCUCAGCCAAUCAAAAUUUGUGUUUCAACUAUUAAUUAUCAUCUUACCAAUAAUCAUACACAUGCUAAAUGUCACACUAAUCAAUUAGAUUGAAUGGAGAGUACGGGGUGUUAAGAAAGUUCGUGUGAGGGGAAAAAAUAAUUUCCCUGCGCAUUAUACAUUUUUUGAUGUUAUGAUUAGGAAGCUGCUAUUUCGCCCCUCACACGAACUUUCUUAA